AUGGGGCAACCAUUGCCAAACUCGAGUUUGGAACUUGGAGUUGGUAACAGUGGAUUUGGAGGCAUAGCGACCAUUCCAGAAACUUUACCUUUGGGGCCUCCUGAUUUUGGGGUUGGGAUAUCGAGUCCUUUGCCUGUAGUGCCUCCAACUAAGGCAACAAUGAAUGUAAUUCCAAUUGAGAGAUCUAUGUAUUCGGAGCUUGCUUUGGCUGCAAUGGAUGAAUUGGUAAAAAUGGCACAAAACGAUGAACCCCUUUGGCUCGGGAGCUUGGAAGGUGGAAGAGAAAUUUUGAACCACGUGGAAUACGCUAGAAUAUUUACUCCUGUUAUUGGAAUGAAGCCCAAAGGUUUCGUAACUGAGGCCUCUCGAGCAACUGGUAUGGUAAUCAUCAACAGUUUGGCUCUUGUUGAGACAUUGAUGGUCUCGAAUAAAUGGGCGGAAAUGUUUCCAUGUAUGAUUGCUAGAACCUCGACUACAGACGUGAUUUCAAAUGGUAUAGGAGGAACAAGAAAUGGUGCACUUCAACUGCCCGGGAAGGAAGUUAUUGUGGCGGCGGUUGGGGUUUACGUGCUUGGUGUUGCGAGUGCGAUUUUCCUUAACUUUGCAGAGCGUCUCUAUGUAAAAGCUACUGGCUUAGUCUAUUUUGCUGCUGCAAAGAUGGUGGAAACCCUUUUUGAAGAUAUAUUUCGAGUUGAAGGACUGAAUCCAGAUGGUAAAAAAUUUGAUAAAGUGACUCGAAUAACGGCAAAAAGUGAGCAGUUUGACAUGCUCAUGGUCCUUGAUAUCAACUCAGACAUAUAUCCUAUGCAUGUUGGAGAGAAAUUUAUGAUGGUAUUAGCAUCCACUCUGAAUUUGGAUGGAACACCAGACACUGGUUAUUUCAAUCCGGGUAACAGGAAAUCGCUUGCAGACAAAUUUGACUAUGUCAUGCAAGGGAAACUGUACAGAAUCUCAGAGGAAAGCUCACACAAGCAAGUCAAAGCGGACAUGUAUGUUUCUUUUGGUGGACUUCUGAUGAUGCUUAAAGGGGACCCUUCAAUUGCAGCAAGAUUCGAGCUCGACCAGAGGCUGUUUAUUCUCGUAAGGAAGGUUUGA